GCUGUGCACUACCGCUUCGGUAUAGCUGUAAUGUAGCGCUGUUGUGACAGCUUUGUGGUUAGUUGCUGUUCAGAAUACAGUAGUAGUAUUUUAAAAGUGUAAUAAUUAAUGAAUUAAUUGAUUUAUUUAUACUUUUAUACGCCUACGACGAAUGGGAUGCAUUCACUUGCGCAAGAAAUAAAGGCGUUUUCAAAGACAGCCUUGAAGAAGCAGAAUACCAGGGUGACAACUUUGACAGGGAAGAGAAUCAUCGAGACGUGGAGAGACUCGCGUGUGCAGGAGGUGCUGGAAGAUGCCGGUCCGGCUGGCGAGGCGGUUUGCUGCGGCUACGUACAGGACCUCAGCCUUGACCUGCAAGUCGGACAGGUGACUCCGUGGCUGUUUUUGGCAUCGCAAGAUGUUGCACAGGAUUUUGAAAGUUUGAAAAAAAUUAAGGUUUCACACAUAUUGAAUGUUGCCUAUGGAGUGGAAAAUGCAUUCCCUGAUCAUUUUACAUAUAGAACUUUGGCGAUAUUGGAUCUGCCUGAUACUGACAUCACAUCAUAUUUCCAGGAGUGCUUUGAUUUUAUAUCUGAGGCAAGGUCACAGAAUGGUGUGGUUUUGGUGCACUGCAAUGCUGGGGUGUCCCGUGCACCUUCUAUCGUCAUCGGAUACCUAAUGUCUGUGGACGGCCUAACUUUUGAAGAUGCCUUUUCACGAGUUAAGAUGGCAAGACCUGCAAUUUGUCCGAAUCCUGGUUUCUUGGAGCAGCUGAAGCAGUACAAGCCUACUUUGAAGAAGGAAGAUCAUGUGUCAUCCUAGAGAGCAAGGGCUUCCAAGUAAAUCUGUGCUUAGAUUAUUAUUAAGGAAAAUCUGAAGGUGCUGUCAAUGUACAUAACUAAAGAUGAAUGUUUUAUUUAUUAAGUACACUCCAUUCAUACUAAACAGGACAGAGAGAAGUGCAAUUUAUUUUACAGGAGUAGUAGCAGCUUUUUGUUAAAUUUUAAAAUGAGAAAAUGAAACCUGGGCAUCAUUUGUAUUUAUACAGAAUUUAUACAGUUUGCAUUUUAUAUACAAGCAAUGUUACAAAAUCAUUUCCUUGUCUAUAUUGUUUUGUUCUGAUGAGAUUUGAAGUGGUAACAGGCUGAGCAGGGCAGAGCGGACUUCCAUUUCCUCAGCUUCCCCUGGUGGGGAUCUCCUGGUGAUGUCAGGCCAACCAAAAGAUGUAAUAUAUCAAGUGUCCUGAAUCUACUCGCAGUGGCCUGUUUUUGGAAAACCAUUUCUGCCCAAACUGGCUCUCCUUGAUCAAGAGAAGCAGCAGCUGUACUCAGAGACUCUUAUCGAUUACCAAGGUCAGUGCUUUUGAAAUGGCCUGUUGGCUCUUCUUUAAGCAGACUUCUUGUACCAUCUGUAUAAAAUAAAAUCGUAAUAUCCUCUGUC